AGAAGACCACAAAGAUGGAAAGGCCAGCCCACUGAGGGAGGGAGAAAAAAAAAAACUGCUCCGGCUCCUCUGCCAUAAUUUCCUAUCAGCCUAUUCAGACAACAUCACCAACAGCUUGGUCUGUGUAUGUGUGUGUGUGUGUGAGAGAGAGUGUGUGUGUGAGCGUGAGGGCUGUAUGGGAGCAGAGCGGCGAGAGAGAGAGAGAGAGAGGCAGCGCAGCGAGCGAGCCACAUAGACAGCGACUCGCAGAAAGAGAGAGAGAGAGCAGGGAAGGGGGAGGCUCCAUAUUCGUUCACCUACCCCCCCCUCGUCAAACCACAGGAAGGAGGGGCCAGACCCUAAGCUGCCAAUCAAAUCCGCUCGUGGCAGCCGGCAUUAUCUCAGCAACAAACUAUUGACAGAUUACAUGUCAAGGAGUUUAGUGCUUGAUUGAAGGAAGCCCUUUUUUUUUUUUAUCUAGUUACUUUUCCGCUUUAUUUCCCCCCCUUCUCAACGCCGCCGCCACAACAUUCGAAUGACUUUCUAACAGAGUUGAGUUAUAUUAUGAAAGUUACAUGUCUGAGAGGAUUUAACUUCGACUUCCCUGAAUAUGCUGAAAGGAGUUUAUGCACUGAAACGACCUCAGGAAAAUCCAAGAUGGCCGCCAAAAGGAAAGGUGGCCUAAAACUCAAUGCUAUCUGUGCCAAGCUGAGCCGCCAGGUGGUGUUCGACAGCAGCUCCCAGAACGCAGAGGGUGACCAGAGCAUAGCAGAAAACAGUGAGCCCGGCAGUUCCCACUGCGACGACAACGAGACCAACUUCCCCGAGAGCCUGAGCCUAAGUCAGAGCCUAGAGGAGGACCAGAAGAGACGCGAGGCCAUCGAGAAGUGGGUCAACGGCGAGUACGGUGACGAGCCGCCGGCCCCCGAUGAUGAGCAGGAGCACGAACUCAAAGUCAGCAAUGACGAAGACGGCCCUCCUGAGGGCGUGUACAUGGUACAGCCCAAAGGCUGUAGCGAUGAGGAAGACAACGCCGAGGAGGCCGAGCCCGUGGCGCCGUCUCAGGAUGGCAGUUACCAUGACGACAAAGAAGCUGACGACAAGCCUCCAAAAGAAGACGCUUACAUGCCGCCAAGCGAGGCCCCGAGUCGCCAAGCACCUUUCUCCUCUCCAGGAGAAGCAUCUGCCCUGCGAGACUAUGCAGCCAACACAAUGAAUGAGUUUUUGGGAAUGUUCGGUUAUGAUGACCAUCAGGUAAGGGAUGAGCUGACCAAGAAGAUCAGCUUUGAGAAGCUCAAAGCCGCUACCUCAGACCCCUCAUCCCUCAGCAGUGAGGAGGCCUCACGGCGUGCCCGCUUCUCCAAGUACGAAGAGUACAUUCGCAAGCUAAAAGCCGGCGAAACCCUACCUUGGCCCAUGCAUGCUUCCCCACCCAAACCAGACGACCUCAACUCAAAACUGGCCCAAGACAAGAGUGCUACCAUGCUCCAGACCUCCGGGUGCUUGCCAGGGGCCGAGGCACCGAUCUACCCCUCCAGCCUGGACCACAAACCGCCAGUAGCACCUCAGCUGGGUAAUUCUCAGCCACCCAAUCCCUCUCACAUGCAGAACAUGGCCUCCAGGGCCUCCAAGUAUGACUUCUUUAUUCAGAAGCUGAAGAUGGGCGAGAGUUUACAGCAGCAGAACGGUAACGCUUACAAGCGACCCUCUAAGUACGACCUGGAGAACGUCAAGUUUCUGCACCUCUUCAAGCCCGGUGACGGCAACCCCGACAUGGGCGGCGCCAUCGCCUUUAAGACUGGCAAAGUGGGCCGUCCUUCGAAGUAUGACAUCAGAACAAUUCAGAAGCUAAUGCCAGGAAACCCCGAGACGUCAAUGAUGCCCACCGUCCUAGCGUCGUCGCCAGGGAACCCCGGAGCUCCUGGUGUCCCCGCUGCAGGUGCAGCUGGGGCCAGCAUCGCCCCGGGGCUCACAAUGGACCAGACUGGACACAUAAGUUUCAACGCCUCUGACUACCUGAAGUCCAGCUUUUCCAAGACAGACUCCAUCACCACUGGCACCGUGUCCUCCGUUAAGAAUGGUCUGCCACCAGAUAAACCCGCCAGCGAUGACAUCAACCUCUACCAGAAAUAUAUUGCCAGGUUCUCCGGAAGUCAACACUGUGGACACGUGCACUGUGCCUACCAGUACAGAGAGCACUAUCACUGCAUGGACCCUGAGUGUAACUACCAGAGGUUUACCAGUAAGCAGGAUGUAAUCAGGCACUACAACAUGCACAAGAAGAGGGACAACUCCCUGCAGCAUGGCUUCAUGCGAUUCAGCCCUCUGGACGACUGCAGCGUCUACUACCAUGGCUGCCACCUCAAUGGAAAAAGCACCCAUUACCACUGCAUGCAGGUGGGAUGCAGCAAGGUGUACACCAGCACCUCAGAUGUCAUGACCCAUGAGAACUUCCAUAAAAAGAACGCUCAGCUGAUCAACGAUGGCUUCCAGAGAUUUCGCGCCACUGAGGACUGUGGCACAGUCGGGUGUCAGUUUUAUGGGCAGAAGACUACACACUUCCACUGCAGGCGGCCAGGCUGCACAUUCACUUUCAAGAACAAGUGUGACAUUGAGAAGCACAAGAGCUACCACAUCAAGGACGAUGCAUACGCCAAAGAUGGCUUCAAGAAGUUCUACAAGUACGAGGAAUGCAAGUACGAAGGCUGCGUGUACAGCAAGGCCACCAACCACUUCCACUGUAUCCGCUCAGGCUGCGGCUUCACCUUUACCUCCACCAGCCAGAUGACCUCUCACAAACGCAAACACGAGCGUCGGCACAUCCGCUCCUCCGGCGUCAUGGGCCUCUCCUCCGCCUUCCUUGCACCGAAGGACGAGCCGGAGGAGUCGAGCAACGACGACCUGAUGGACUUCUCAGCGAUCAGCAGCAAGAACUCCAGCCUGAGUGCCUCACCUACGACACAGCAGUCCACCACUGUACCCCACCUGUUGGCCACGCCCACCACCGCAGUCUCCUCCUCCUCCACAUCAGGCCACACCCUCAAGCCCACCUCCUCGCUGCCCAGCGCGGGCCAGCGUAUGUCCAGCCUGCUGUCUCAGGCGCUGCCCAGCAACAUGCCGGUGGCCCUCGCCCUGUCCAACAGCGCCCUGGCCACCUCCAACCCGUUCUUCCCGCUCAUGCCCCGGCUGCCUCUCCAGCCGCCUGCACCAGCCGCUAGCCUGAUAUCAGCGGUGUCAUCUGGGGCCCACUCCAUGCCCACCGACUCACUGACCCAAGGCUGCUCCACAGUGGGGGCAGAUGGAGCCAUGGCGUCCACCCCGACCUCCUUUGCCACCUCCUCCAUCAUGGAGAAGAUCUCGGCGAGCAAAGGUCUGAUAUCACCCAUGAUGGCCAGACUGGCGGCUGCUGCCCUGAAGCCCUCCAACAACCUAGAAGCAGGGAACGGGCAGCCGGCUUCAGCCAGCCAGUUCGGUCUGGUUCAAGUGAAGCAGGAGCCGCUGGACGCAAACUCCGGGGCCUCGCUAGACUCUACGCAGGAGCACAGCCUGGACCUGAGCAAGAAAGACCACAGUAAUGAAUCAAACGGACACCCUGUACCAGGGAAUACAUCUCUUUUAUCCUCGCUUAUGAAUAAGAUGUCACAGGUGAACCCGGCGCUCUUCAAUGCCAUGAACCUGAAGACGGAGCUGGAGGCCGGCCAGGGCAGCGACACCUCUGAGGCAGCACAGUAUCUGAAUAGAGUGCUGAAGAGGCCUAUGCCAGAAAAACCCACUGAGAUCUGGAGGACAUACCUCCGCAGGUUUGACACAGAUGACUUCUGUGAGGCUCAGUGCGACUUCCUUCAGAAAGUGCACUUUCACUGCCUGGUGGAGGACUGUGGUGCGCUCUUCAGCACCGUGGAUGGGGCCAUAAAACAUGCUAACUUCCACCUCCGAGCCACCUUGAAAGUGAAGUCGGAGCCUUCGUUCGGUGAAGGAAAGGACGCCAGCGAGGGAGCGCCCCUGCAGCCCGUCGCUCCCGUCUCCAUGGCCAACAAUCCCUCCAUUGAUGUGGCACAUCUCACCUCCUCUGGUGGCUACAGCUCCCCUCCUCCCUCCCUGCUGGCCUGGAAGCAGCUGACCGGCAGCAUCCCUCAGAUGCCGGCCUCGAUGCCCAACCUGCCGGCCAACUCCCCUCUGGCCACCACCUCUCUGGAGAACGCUAAGCCACAAGUCAAACCUGGUUUUCUGCAGUUCCAGGAAAAUGAUCCCUGUCUGGCCACCGACUGCAAGUACUCCAACAAAUUCCACUUCCACUGCUUGUUUGGUAAUUGCAAGUACGUGUGCAAGACCUCUGGGAAGGCCGAGUCCCACUGUUUGGACCACAUCAACCCCAACAACAACCUGGUCAACGUCCGCGACCAGUUUUCCUACUACUCUCUUCAGUGUCUGUGUCCCAACCAGCACUGCGAGUUCAGAAUGAGGGGCCACUAUCACUGUCUGCGGCCCGGCUGCUUCUUUGUCACUAACAUCACCACCAAGCUGCCGUGGCACGUGAAGAAGCACGAGAAGGCAGAGCGCCGUGCCGCCAACGGCUUCAAAUACUUCACCAAAAGGGAGGAGUGUGGCAGGCUGGGUUGUAAGUAUAACCAAGUCAACAGCCACUUCCACUGCAUCCGCGAGGGUUGCCAGUUCUCCUUCCUGCUCAAGCACCAGAUGACCUCGCACGCACGCAAACACAUGAGGCGGAUGCUGGGGAAGAACUUCGACAGAGUCCCGUCGCAGGUGAUGCCGCUCGGCCAGAGGGCGGAUGAGAUGCAGCAUGCGUCCGGGAUGGUGUCCGGGCCCAUGGCGGGCCAACACGGUAUCACCUCCAGCUUCUCCAACAUGAUGGAUGAGACUGAUGACUACAUGGACUACGUGGGAGGAGGAGGCAGCCCCUUAGGCCUCUCCUCCGAGUCCUCCAACCAGGACCGAAGCUGCACCAGCACACCUGUUGGCAACGACAGCUCCCCGGCAGGACAAGGCUGCCCCGCCACCACUUCUGCUCCUACCACCCCUGCUGACACUAGCGCUACCCAAAAUGCACCUCCUCCUUCUUCCCCUCCUCCACCGCCACCGCCACCUCCUCCCUCCGCUCCUCAGCCUGGCCUCCAGUCCCAGGCCCCAUCCCUCUCUCCCGCUCUCCUCCGACCUCCUCUCCCCUCACUCCCAUACCUCCUCUCUCCAUCCUGUCUGUCAUACUCUCUGCUCAGCGCCUCUCUGGGAGCCACUCGGAGUGUUGUCAUGCCAACCAACACACCAGCUUUCAGCCCCAUCAUUGCCACUCCGUCUCCGGUUAAAAAUGACGUCCCUAUAGUGCAGGAUGCUGCAGGCAACACCAUCUCCAUCCCCACGGCCACCGGUGCAAAGAAGCGCUUCUGGAUCAUCGAGGACAUGUCCCCGUUUGGCAAGCGCCGCAAGACCGCGUCGUCGCGCAAGAUGCUGGACGAGGGGAUGAUGCUGGAGGGCUUCCGCCGCUACGACCUGUACGAGAACUGCAAGGACUCGGGCUGCCAGUUCUCCCUGAAGGUGACCCACUACCACUGCACUCGCGAGAACUGUGGCUACAAGUUCUGCGGCCGCACCCACAUGUACAAGCACGCGCAGCACCACGACCGCGUGGACAACCUGGUCCUGGACGACUUCAAGCGCUUCAAAUCUUCACUCAGCUGCAACUUCCCCGACUGCCAGUUUUCGGGCAACAGCACCCACUUCCACUGUCUGCGCUGCGGCUUCCGCUGCACCGACAGCACCAAGGUGACGGCCCACCGCAAGCACCACGGCAAGCAAGAUGUGAUCAGCGCCGCCGGCUUCUGCCAGUUCAGCUCCAGCGCUGACUGCGAGGUCCCUGACUGCAAAUAUAAGCUCAAGUGCUCGCACUUCCACUGCACCUUCCCCGAGUGCAAACACACGGUGGUGGGCAUGUCCCAGAUGGACUCCCAUAAGAGGAAGCACGAGAAGCAGGAGCGGGGCGAGCUGCCGUCUGUGUCGCCCAAACAGGAGAGGGCGCACCACUUGGAGGGCAACGUGGCGGCCGUUCCUCCAUCCUCCCUGGGCCUUUCCACUUCCUCACCCGGCGUCCUCCACACGUUGUCCCACACCAUUAACAGCAGCGCUCCCUCCAUGCUCUACCCGCCAGGUGGCAUCGGUUCUGACUAUAACCACUCGUACCCGCCGUCCUCCAUCAGCCUGGACAGCUCCCUCAACCUGGGCACCGACACCAGCAGCUCCCUGUUCUUCCUGAAGAACGCCGUUGGUCUGGGUCUCAGCGACUCACUGGACCUCAGCAAGAAGAUGCACCACGAGGCGGCGCGGUCGGUCCACGCCGCCGCCGCACCGCCCCCGCUGGGCCCGCCGGCGGCUCAGGACGACACCACGGGAACAUCCGGAGAGGCCGAGGACGACCUGUCACCGGAGGAGGAGGCACACGCCGAGGAAGAGGACGAUGACGAGGAGGAGGAAGAGGAGGAGGCAGAAGAUGAGCUCAACAGUGACUCAAACGAUGAUUCGAUGGCGGAGCCCGACGGCGAGAAGGACAAUGGCGAGAGUUUUGAUGCUUCCGUUAACCACACUGAUACUUCCCAACUGGAAAAGCAAGACCCAUGAAUUUAAAAAAACAAAAAAGGAAAAAAAGUGACUGUAGGAACUGCAGAAAAAUCCUGUGUACUAUAAAAAAAAACAAAAAUGAAAGUGGCCUCAUUUAUCAUGUUUAGAGACUUCAGACGACGACAAAAAAAAAAAACAACAACAACAGCGUGGAGAAAAUGACGGCCCGAAAUGAUUUAUUAUGAUGUUUACAAGAUGACCAACAUUAUUAAUUCAAUUAUGCAUUAAAAAAAUAUGAACGGAGA